AUGGAAAGGCGUAUUGAAGAGGAUGAAAAGCAUCUUCAAGGGUGGUGCCGCGACGGCGUGUACGGGUGUCAAAUUCCGUCACCAGAGUUGCGGCUUCACUCAUCAAGCAAUAGAGGUCACGGUACUGAGCAGCUGGGCCGUGAGGAGCAAUGUGAAUGGAGGCGACCAGGAAUGAAAAAAGGGAUCAGUGUAACUCAUACCACCGAACGGUUUGACACAAAACCGAUUGUAGUAUCACGCGCUAGCCGUGGUAACGUUGAUUCCCCUGCAUUGUCUUCAUCUGGCUCGUUGUGCGCCAGCAACGAUUUGCUCUCUGUCGAGCAGGAGUUAAAGGAAUUGCUCGAGGGAUACCGUCACAUAGUGGGCAACGGUUGUGAGGACUGGAAGAUAGGUGGCAAUUCCUCGCAUGAGACUCCAGCGUGUGUCCCUGGUCGUGUGUUGACGCGUCGUGGCGAGCUGUCCAAUGCUUGCGGCGAGUAUGAAAGCAAAAACACAUCUGGAAGUGAAACUGGAGGCGGUAAGAAGAACGCGACACGUGACGAGGACACUUCACUUCCCGUUUCUAGUGUUCGUGGGGAUCACUCUACCGAUGCCAACACACCGACACCGCUAGUUCAGCUGUCAACGGAUAUUUUGAUGACGUCUAACCCGGCUGCAGGUGGCGGUAUGUGGGGGUGCGAGUUGAGUAGAGAGGCUUACAGCUCCACUCCUGUGGCACAAGGGUCCAGUCACGUUGACAUAUUUGCAAAUGCACUAACGGAAGACCAACUCAGUCGUUCUUUUGAUGUGCAAAGUCAAGAACGGAAGCAAGCGAUGGGAUUCCUGAGGCAACAGUUAGGUACCACAAUUCCGUCACAAAACGUGAGGACGACGAGCCCAGCGCGCCAAUUGUCGUGGAAUUCCACUUUGCUAGUGGAUGCAAUCGAGAACAGUAACGAGGCGGAUAACAGCUUCGGUAUGGGUUUCGACACGGUGUGGUAUCCUCCACGGAAGGACGAAGUUCAUUCACCCGUACCUCCCAUAACCCGAAGAGAGUUUGCCAUCGCCAACAGCAGUGGGAGCGCGAGUUGCAACGUAAAAACAAAUCGCAGCGGACAUGGCGUGCACAUUUUGCCUCCGUCCCAACGCCAAGAGGGGAGUAAGAACUUUUUUGGUCGAGGUAUGGUGGUUAACCGGUGUGACGUGCCAUUGUUGUCACCGCAGCAACCCAGUUGCUCGUCUCUCUUAAGACACGAGGUAACUCACAGUGAAGAGGGCCGACCAUCACAAGGAGAUGUAGAUUAUAAUGCAUCCACACGUGUAAAAGGAGGAGAUCGCAACCCUCUCAGGAAGAGACGUGGGCAGCACGUGAAGCAUGAACCCAGUUCAUGUGAACACCGAAGGGGCGGUGAUAGCACAACACCGGAGAUUGCUACAAGCGCCAGACGGACGGAAAAUCACUCUAUGCGAAGUGGCGCCAUGCCCAUGGAUGCAGAACGGGCAUGUGAUGGACUGGACACAUCGGCAGAGUGGCGGCGCUGCACAAGGUUGGGGACAUGGGAGGUUGGUGUGGGUGUAGAUGGCAGAGUAGAGGAGAAGAUACCGAAAAUUAGUGGCGAAGUAGCCUUAGGGAAGUUCAGUGACAUUUCACAAAGGCAGCAGCAGUUCCAGUUGCAUCAGCAUCAGCAUCAACAGCAGCGAGCAUUAUUUCAUAGCGGCCGCCGUCGUUGCUCUCAGUCCGACCGCGGCGUCGUUAACCGUUUCCAUGAAAAUGUCGAGCGUUACAUGGCGGCGGUAGAGUCAAAUAAUAGGUACAGCACGGUGUUACCACACUUUGCGGAUUCCUUAGUGGGUGCUGCCAUAUCUGACUUGUUCCCAGCGGUUAAGCGGCGUCAAGCGCAGUUGAAACAGUCGCAGUACGCAGAGGCAGAGGCAGCACGAACCAUGCGCGGUUGCUAUCGCAAUUAA